AUGGCGACCGAGAGAAAAAAGUUGGCGUCUAUCGUAUUGCACGAUAUGGAGCUGCCGGUAGAAGCGCUGGAAGUGUUUGGAAGAAACCAGAUUGACGCGAAGCGGCUAGGGGAGGUAUCUCGAGACGAAAUUGUGGACCUUUUUGCCUCAUCUUCGUCAGGCUCGGAAAUCAAAUGGAAUACGGAAGAAAUUUUCCGACGAAUCUCGGAUUGGCGUCAAAUGCAGGGAUACGAUUUUAUUACGUUCGAAGCAGUAGACGUCGAAAACUGUUCCGAAAUCCAGGAAACUGUUGAACCGUUUGUUGAAAACUGCCAAGAAACAUCCAUCGAGCAAGCUCAAGAAGAACAUGAAACAUGUAUCCCACAACAUCAAAGGGAGCAGGAAGCAUUGCCUGAUAACGACGAGCCUUCAUCUUCAUUCAAGGUUUCGUUCAAUUCGUUCUCGCAUCGAUCACCAUUUACACCGGAGGUUCUUCUGGACUUGCUAAAAAAAACGGAAGGUGGGCAAUGCAUAAUUAAGCGCAGCACCUAUGGUUUGCUCUCUGUAGAAAGCCGAAAAGAGCUCCUCUGCUUCAUUGCCAAAUUUCAUCUCGAUCAUGGUUUCCGGACUGACGAGAGUAUUCUUAAAGAAUACCUAGCUGCAAUAUUCACGGUAUUCCCCCUCGAAAAAUCUAUUGCCAACAAAUAUUUCAUCCCAAGAGGUGGUUCGAAAAAGAACCCGGGAGGCCAACUUUAUAAUUUAAUAGUAAAUACGAAGCAAAAACGAGCUAAAAGAGCAAAGCUAGAAGAACUUCAUCAAAAAAAUUUUGCUCCUGUGAGCAACGAUUCCGUAGAAGAGGUAGACGUUCUCGUCAAUGAUGCAGUUUUGUGGUUGAAACAAUAUUCCAAGCCGUGGACAACCACACUGGACAAAUGGAACAUUUCUUUUCCAAAGAGACGAACCAAACUUUGUAAAUCUUCGAAUUUUUUGGAUUUAACUGCGGAAUUUCGUCACUACGGCGAUGAAUACGGUUUUCAAUUGGUUGAUAUCGAUUUUCGACUUUUGGGAAACGGCAAUCCAGAUGCUUUCAAUAAAUGGGAACGUCUUAUACCAGCUUUGACCAGGUAUCUGAAUAGACAGUACAAUGACGAAUUAUCGAAAGAUCUCUUGUACCACUUAACUUCUGAAUCAUCUGACUCGAAUGUAAAACUCUGUUCCAUUUUACUGCUGUUGAACAAUAUCUUCAAGCCUACUAAAGUUACCCGAGAAUUCAAGCCAACUGUCGUCUUCGCACAAGAAGACAUCAUUAUAUUUGCAUCGACGGACGAAGAAGUGGACCAGAAAAUCGCAGAAAGGGAAAUAUCUUACGGCAAAUUCGGAUUUCCGCCAACACCAAAGCUUUUAUUUCGCGGAGAAAAUGCCUGGACUUUAACCGGUACAUUCGAACUGCAUUUCAAAGAUAUCGUGUACCGUAUCGACUCGGUUGCUGGUGCAGUAGACGCAUUCGUGAAGUUCAUUACUGUGUUCGGAAUAAAUUGUUCACCAGUUUGCAGGCUGGUGUGGAAUUUCAUCAGAUCGUAUGUGUACGAAAUUCCCGUUGCGGAAAAGUAUGAGUGCAUAGAAACAUUAAGACGUAUAUUGGAUAAGGCAUAAUGUUUACCUGUUUUGUUCAAAACUGUUGUGAUGAGUUCACAUCAGCACUUGCAUUUUGCAAUCAUUUAAAAGAAGUUCAUAAAACUCCGAUAAAAUAUCGAUACAAAUGUUCAUAUAAGAAUUGCCAACAAAUAGCAUCAAACUUUUACACGUUUAAACGCCACGCUAUGGCGCACGAUGCUUCGUACACUAGUAAUAGAAACACAAGUGAAAUCAUUACACGCAGCCCAGAACAUAUGAACUCGAGUCAACAAUUUGCCACAGCAGUUUGUUCUGAGAACGAUGCAACUGAUGAAAAUAGUCAUGCCACCCCGGAAACUCAACGCUAUUUAUCCACGAUUUUGGACAUUCAGAAGGGAGCCGUUGAAUUCAC